CGUUCUUCCUCCGUUGCCUCUCUCAAAGCCCAUCUUCCUCAAACCCCUUCGAAUUGGAAGCCCUCGAAGAGAUGGAGUCGGAAAAUUUCCAGAUCUUCGUCGAGUCUUUUAUCCCUGGAACCCGUCGCCGAGCUCUCGAGGUAAGCCCUAACCAGACUCUCCGGGAUCUCAAACUCGCCCUUCUCCCGCUUUCAGAAACCCUAGACUCCUUCUACUUCUCGCUUAAUGGAAAAUCGCUGGGUGAUUUGUCUUCGCUCUCGGACGCUUCCGUUCGCCGGUUCUCGACCCUGUUUCUCCGGCUCAGGGCUCUCGGAGGAGGAGGCGAUGGUGGCGCCACCGGCGCCGAGUCCCGGGAUUGCUACCUCAACAUGUAUGCUACGAAGAAACCGGAUAAGGUUGACCCAAAUGAGACCCGGCUGUCGAUGUGGACUACCUGCCGCCUGUCCGGCGAGCCGCUGAAGCCGCCGUGCGUGAUCGAUCAGCUAGGAAACGUGUUCAACAAGGAGGCGCUGGUUGAGGCACUCUUGGGGAAGAAGUUACCGAAGGAAUUUGGGCAUAUUAGGGGUUUGAGGGACAUGAUCACGAUCCGUCUUGCGGAGAUUCCCGGUGUGGAAUUCGACGACGCGACUUUCAACACUAGGUUUCAGUGUCCGAUCUCUGGUCUUGAGUUCAAUGGGAAGUAUAAGUUCUUUGCCCUCCGGGGCUGCGGUCACGUUCUCAGUGCCAAGGCGGUCAAGGAGGUCCAGUCCACUGCGUGCCUUGUUUGUCAUCGGGAUUUCGUUGAGUUGGACAAGAUUGUGAUUAAUGGGGAUGAGGAGGAAGUUAAGGCCUUGAGGUUGCGGAUGGAAGAGGAGAAGAAUAAAUUGAGGGAGAAGAAGGAGAAGAAGGGGAGAAAUGGGGAGGCAGGAAAUAACGGUGUAGAGAAUGUGGUGAAGUGUGCAGGCAAUGUUGAUGUGGUGUGCGAUGUCUCCUUGCCUGUUUCAUCUAACAAAAAGAAGGCUGAAACGAAUGGGAAGAUCGCGUCUGCGGGAGACACAGGAAAGGGCUCGGAUGUGCCGACAAAGCGAUUAAAAACAACAAUUAGAACACCUGCAAAUGCGACAAAGGAAGUAUACGAGUCUAUUUUUACAUCUUCGAAGAAGUCGAACUUCAAAGAGACGUAUUCUUGCAGAUCUCUUCCGCUUGGUAGGAACUAAUGCUAUCUACAUAGCCUAAUAGGAAAUGUGGGUUGCCAGUCUGCAGGGUUGUGGCUCAGCUUAAACUUUCCAUAUACAAGUACUGCGUUCCAAUCAAAAUCUACACACUGACAUAGCCCUGUCUGGGAUUGCAGAUGCAAAAUGAGAUAAUUAUAAUACUUCCAGCGUUUUCAAGCUCUUAACUGCUUCAGGAUAUUCAUAUGAUAUUCGUUUCUUAUUUUUUGGUAUCACCAGAACAUUCACUCAGAUUAAUGCAGGUAUGUUA